AUGGCCUCGACGACAGCCGUCGUCCCCGCUAUCCCCCAUGACAGGCCAUCUGCGGUACGGACGAACUCCAUCACGAGCACGGCAAGUUCUGGGGGCGCGUCGUUAAGGCGUCGGUCGGCCACGCGGUCGAGGUCGGUCCUCUCACAGGUCAAGCGGGGCAAGAGCCAAGGGCCACCGGGAGACCGCAAAAACACAGUGGACGACGAUGCACACUCUAUUCUCAACUUCGGGGAUCCCUUGCCGCCUGUCCCCGCCAUGCUUUACGCGGAGCCGGAGGAAUUGGCGUCUGUUUUGCCACAGAGCGCGCCAGCAGCUCAGCACCGUCCACGAACAGCGGGUUCGCAACACCGAGCACAGGGUGCGACUCGAGAGGCGGGGACCAGGAGCCUGACAGCGGAUGCUGGUACGGUGGAGGCAGCGAAGAAGCCUUGGGAGACGAGGUCUGAGGGAGGUUCUAUCAGAGGGGUACCGCGGUCGCGUGCACUCAGUCUGCCCCGCCAGGCCUUCAGGGCAAAUAUCUCGUCCGACUCAUCCCCUGAACCGAGUCCCCAAACGCCAGGGCAGGAAAUGAAGCCGUUCCUUCAAAUGCGGACCGGAAACCCUGGCUAUCGAAAUCCCAGAGAUUCCAUGCUGUCGACGUCUUCCUCGUCGCUUUAUCCUGCUUCAACGGCCACGGGGACCUUCACGGAAUCAUCCUUCCCGUAUUCUAUCGACGAUGAUCUCGAGGAGCGGCUGAGACCCGUUGUUCCUGAGAUCUUCUCUGCAGAUAAACCAGAGUUCGAUGGGGACGACGUUUCCUACAGGCUGCGCCUGCUGGUCAACAAUAGCUAUUUCCUUCCGCCCGCGCACGCGAAGCCUUCACCAUUAUCGUUGAACCCUCAGAAUGCUGCCGGCCAGAAGGUAUCGCCCAAACCAUCUGCUACAUUUCUGGACUUCUUUCGUCUGGGGAAGUCCAAGUCGAAGCCGACGACUCCGUACACUACCUCACCUCCUGCUGUGGACCAACCAGGUCCUAUCCUUCGCACUACCUCGGAUUCGACAACAGCAUCAGGCUUCAUCCUUCGCCCCCAUGCUCGUUCAUUGCCGCAGACACCAGUCUACACCAUCCCCGCUCCGAGCACCAGCCGAGUAGUCGUGGUGCGUGAACGGAUGGAUGACCUAGCAGCUGCAGCGAAGGAAGCCGAGCAAGACCUGAGGACUCGUGCCGUGCGCAAAACACGGAGUCAGUCUAUUAUUAGACCUCAGCCCUCCCAUCUGGAUGUCAUUGAUCCUACGGAUGCAGUCGACCUACCUCCCCCGUCCUCAGGCUAUCCGUUCACAGUUCAAGCAUCCGCGGUGUAUGGUGUUAACGUGUCUGGCGCACUUGGCGCCGCGGUCCUGGCUGAGCAGCUACCACCCCAUAGCCCUGGGGCUUGGUCGAGCAGCACGGAGGACGACGCUUGGCGGAAGGCGUUACUGGCAGAAGCUGUCCACCAUUCACUCAACAACUCAGUGGAUACGUCCUUUGCGUCAGGAUUUACAGACCGCUCGGCUCUGACCUCCCCUACCGGCCCUUCGAGGAGUGGCUCUUCGGGACAUACAUCGCAGCCGUCAGAUGCGUUCUCGUCAGGGACGCAGUUCCGGUCCAUGAUCGGACAGCGGAUCCUAGAAAACCUGUAUGUCGCCACAGAAGCCGAUGAGCCGCAAAGUCCCACUACGCCUACACAAGCGAGGGCGCCCUCGAGUGCGAACAGCCAAACAACCUUCUCGAGUGUGUCGAGCUUCGCAGGCCAGCGGUCACCGCGACAUGACCCGUGCUCGCCUCCCAUACGCGUAGAGAGCCCCACGCGGACUGCUGCCCUUCCACCGCCCCCGCGCAAGCCGAUGAUCAACCCGACGUUCUCACAUUCUCAGCCCGACCUCACGGAUCCAGAUAUCGAGCCCGCACGUCCGUCGCUACAGGCUUUGCGGAAGGUCAUGUCGUCUCCUGGCCUCUCUGAGUCGCGCGAGGCUUUCGAGACAGCGGGUUUUCGGGCGGCGUCACCGAUGUCCAUCUCGCAGAGGUUGUCGAUGCGGAUAUCACCAGUCAUGCUGAAUGCCGAAGCGAUUCCCUCCCAGUCGUCCUACCGCAGCUUCAUGAGUCAACUUUCCUCACACUCGCGUGUCUCCGAUGACCUCUCGUACGUGACGCCGGAGGAUACGGACGUGGAUCAGACGUUGCAGAAUAGGCCAUCUGUGACAGUGUCGAUGGUGACUGAAGGCAGGCCGUCAAUCACGACGUCAGAGUAUUCAGUCCCCUCGCCGACAGCAUCUGCAUUCCAUGAUGCCAUCUUUGGCAGCAUAAGAUCGCCGUCCUCGUUGUCGCGGAGAAGUUACCUGCCUGAAGGCUCCGGUACCUCGCGGAGUGUGUCCCCUGUGUCCCCUACCGUGAGUGCCGAGUUCCCCUAUGGUCAUGCUCCGUUGCCUCCGCCGCGAAUAUCUGUCUCGUCGCUGGUGCCGACAGCGUUGGCGCCACCUCCCAGAUCAUCUCCCAGAGCCUCGCCCAAGCUUCCACCUUCGCCAUUACGCCCUACGGCAGAGGCACAUCCAUCACCUCCUGCAGAUCGCCCCUUCUCCAUUCGGUCCAUAGGGUCAGGGUCAAUCCCAGAGACAUCCCCCGAGUCCGCUGCGUUCCCUUCCCCCUCCUCUCCGCGCUCAUUAGCAGAUCGUCGAGGCCAUGCUUCACCACUCGCCCUCCGCAUUCCGGAAGAGUUCCUGCCUCCGACCAUUCAUUCCGCGCCAGGUCCCGCGUCACCCGCAGAUUUCUUCGACAAGAUCGAGUCGACCAUGGAUGAAUUGGAAUCGACCGAAGGCAGCGAGGACGAGGACGAAGAGGAAGAGGAAGAGGAGGAGGAGAAGGAGGAGAAGGAGGCGUUGUCGCCUCCGCGACCGCCUUUCUCGCAUUCCCGGAGCGAUUCACAGCAGACCAUGCGCAGCGCUUCUGCGACGUCUUCGAAGUCGUCAAUCAUGCGUCUAGGGAACUAUUCUACGCCUUCGCUGCGGCCCCCGACAUUGCGCCAGGAGGAGCCUGCUCAGCUCAGCGAUGUUGACCGGAAAAAGCCCAUUUCGAACGUGCCUGUGCGGCCUCGCCGUCGGAGCUUCUUCUCGUCCAAGAAAAAGGGUCUGAAGAACAUUGAUAUCCCGCUGUUGCCGUUCAGGGAUAUCAAUACUUCCCAGGGUGAGGGCGGCUCCGACUUGACUCCCGAAUACGAGCCCAGGCGGAGACGAGCCACCGCGGACGCUGAGCAGAAGCCUCGGCUGCCCAAGCGGGAGUCGAUGCUGCAGUUCGAAGGGAUGCUCGACCAGUACGCGCAGGCGGAGCGUGAGCGGAUCAAGCGGAUCACCACCAGCGUGUCGGGUUCACAACGUUGA